UUCAAACACUCUUUUUCUUCUCACAAGAGGUGCAAUGCUGCCCUCUGAAUGUAAAUUGAAUACCCCUGCUUUAAUAGCUUCUUCUUUUGCGCAUGCGCAAAUGAGCGACAGUCGGGCUACCAAACUGGUCAAACAGCGGGUGUAAAAAUGCAUAAGCUGAAAUCUUCGCAGAGGGACAAGGUACGGCAGUUCAUGUCCUUCACACAGGCUGGGGAGAAGACAGCCGUGUACUGCCUCACACAGAAUGACUGGAAACUAGAAGUCGCCACCGACAACUACUUUCAGAACCCGGACCUUUACUGUAAGGACUCUAUGAAAACCUCAGUCGACCGGAAAAAGCUGGAGCAGCUCUACAACCGCUAUAAAGAUCCACAGGAUGAAAAUAAGAUCGGUAUCGAUGGGAUCCAGCAGUUCUGUGACGACCUCUCUCUGGACCCGGCCAGCAUCUCUGUGCUGGUCGUGGCGUGGAAGUUCCGCGCUGCCACUCAGUGCGAGUUCACGAAGAAGGAGUUUCUGGAUGGCAUGACGGAGCUGGGGUGUGACAGCCCAGAGAAGCUGAAAGCUCUUUUGCCAAGGUUAGAGCAGGAGCUCAAAGACACUGGCAAGUUCAAGGACUUCUACCAGUUCACGUUUAAUUUUGCCAAAAAUCCCGGACAGAAGGGUCUAGAUUUGGACAUGGCUGUAGCCUACUGGAACCUGGUUCUCUCGGGACGAUUUAAGUUCCUCGAUCUUUGGAAUAGAUUCCUUUUGGAACAUCAUAAACGAUCCAUCCCAAAAGACACGUGGAACCUAUUGUUGGACUUUGGGAACAUGAUCGCAGACGACAUGUCAAAUUAUGAUGAGGAAGGAGCAUGGCCGGUUCUUAUAGAUGAUUUUGUGGAAUUUGCUCGACCAAUUGUAACAGGAUCAAAACGCAAAACUCUCUAAAUCCAAUCCUGACUCUGGGGAAAAAGCCAGAACCUUGUUUCUUUUACAGUGACUUCAUAGUUUUUUUUAAAGACUUGUACACAAAGAAAAAAAAAAAAUAAAGGUGAAAAAUUGUAGACUUCAGAGAGGAAACAGAAGCACUUGAAACUGUCGGGACACCACGUUCAUCAGGGAGCUGAGCAAAAACUGUGACAAAAACAACUGGCCACAUUCUUUUCUUUCAUUUUCUUUUUUUUGUCCUCGCGGGACUGAGGCGGCGUAAGGACAUGGACAGAUUCACCCUCAUGUCUCACCUGCUGGAUUCUCAGUAUCGUGGACUUCCCUCUGCUCUGCUCUGCUCUGCUCGGCUCCGGGAGGAGCAUCACCUGUCCGGCCUCAGCUCCUGUGGGGGGAGGAGGGACUCUGGCGGCGCUGAGAGGACGUCCACCACCUGUGUGUGUGCACUCUGAAAGGACAGGACAGGAGGAAGCGGUGUGUUGUAGGAUUCUUUCUAGUCGGCUUUGUUGUGACGUGUGAAGCUCUGAGCGGCUGCGCAAAGGUUCCACCGUUUUACUCGCAAACUAACAAAAACGGGGACAUCGUGCUCGCGACACCAGCACCACCAGAACUGCUGCAGUUUUUACUGUACAUACUGUAUCUAUGGAGACAGUUUACAAAGAGAGCUAUAUGAAGAAUAAUAUAAAUAUGUUGAGUUUAAUGAUGAUUUCAUUUAUGUACAGGAAGUGCUAAGAUCUCUACGGGGAUGCCUCUGUGUUGUGGAUGACGAUGAUGAUGAUGAUGAUGCUGUCAGUUUAAACGUUGGUGGAUCUGAGUCAUGAGCUUCUCAUUGAAAGCAUGUUGAACACAUUUGUUGCUACACUGUCACACACGGGCUGGUUUCACAAAUAAAUGACAGGAAAGACAGUGCUUUAAUUUA